AGAACUCGUCGUCGAUGUCCGUGAUGUUGGCAGCGCUUCCAUUGCCUUCCACUUACACGGAACAUCGUGCCGCGUAGCAUCAACGGGGAUAAAUAAGGAUGCAGCGCCGUAUAGGAGAUCAAGGUUAGGUUUAAACGUCAUACACUCACCGAUUGGAAAUUUCGUUCAAAAUGUUUAUUAAGCCGUUCAAAGUCAAGACCAAUUACCAGCUAAAAGGAACUGAGAGGAAAAAAUUAUGCGAGGAGGUAUUGGCGGCGUAUCCGAGUUUGUCGGACGAAGAGAUUCAGUCAUUGUUGCCUAAAAAGGAAGCUAUCAGCAUUAUGAAAAUAGUAACGUACAGUGGACACGUAGGCAAAGUGUAUUGCGUCGCCAAGAUACCCAUGUUCUUUCAACUGGAUUCACAUGACACUCUGCUGUUUCCUACAAUUUAUACAUUAUGGCAUCAUCCAUAUUUAUUAAAUACUUUCACUACGCACACGCCAGUUAUAUCCAAAUUGGUAGGAGGUGCAGAUCUCAUGUUGCCUGGAUUGAUUCUGAAGGAGCCGGUGACUCUGUAUAGCUUUGGUAAACUACCAAAGGGUACUCCAGUGUCGAUUAACACUGAGGAAAACAAGGCUGCAGUUGCGGUCGGUGUCACUGCACUUUCCAGCGAAGACAUGUACAUGGCAGCUGGACAUGGAAAAUGCGUGGAAGUAUUUCACGUCAUUGGUGAUACGUUGUGUCAAUUGGGCAAACCACCGCUGAGGCCUGAUUUGGGUUCACCGAAUGUUGACAGUCCUACAAAUACGUUAGAAGAUAUUGAAUCGAUUAAUCAAGAAGCAAUCGUAGACGAAACUGAAAUUUUAUCGGUUAAGUUAGAUGAAUUAAACACCGACGAGGAUUCAAGCGACGUAGUCAAAGACGAAGUCAUUUCUAAGGAACAUAUAGAAGAAGAUGUAGAAACUGAAGAUGUACAAAUUUCAAGCAUAGUUGAGCCAGAAGUAGUUGAUCCAGUUCAAGAGAUGGAUGCGCUACUGGAAUACUGUUUCUUGAAAGCGUGUAAAACAACGGUAAAAUCUAGUGAUCUGCCAAUGUUGUCGUCCAACUUCUUCAAAAAUCAUCUGUUAGCCGCUUGUCCACCGGAUAAAAAUGUUGAUGUAAAGAAAUCUCGGUAUAAAAAAUUAUCGAUUUUUCUAGCGGAAAUGAAGGCUAAAGGAAUAAUCAAUACAUCCAUCACAAAAGGUGUUGAAACAUUGCUGUCCAUUAAGUUUGAUCAUCCACUUGUGAAGAAAUUAGUAGUUACCGAAGAAUCAGUUGCGGCUGAACCAGUAGUUUCGAAUAGUGCUGUCGUGUCAGAAUGCUAUCGAGUGACUGCUGACGUUCUGCCAGUUCUAUCAAAGUUCGGCUAUGAAAAGGGUGACGUAAUGAAAAGAGCCGACAUCAGAAAGUGUUUUACUGAGUACGUGAAAGCGGAGGAUCUGCAAAACGGAAAAACGUUAAAACUGAAUCCCCGGUUGGCGGGAAUUAUGCGAACUAAGGCUCAUCAGGAGACGGUAACGAUGGAGGAUGGGAUAAACAAGUUUAUCGGACGUAUGACGCAUAUGCAUGAGGUUACCCUCGCAGGAAAUACUUUGUUGCAUACGGGAAAAUUGGAACCGAUCGACAUGAGAGUAACAGUGCGAUCAGGCGGGAAAAAGGUAACAUUGGUAAACAACCUAGAAACGUUUGGGAUUAAUCCGAAAGAAUUCAGCAAAGAGUGCCAAAGCAUUGGCGCGAGCGCGACAAUCACUGAUGAUCCUGGCAAAAAGACACCUAGUGUUCUUGUUCAGGGGAAUCAAAUUUUAUAUGUGUACAAAUUACUUACAGAGAAAUACCAGAUAAAAAAGAAUUAUAUAAGAGGUUUAGAAUUCGCCCCGAAGAAAAAAAAAUAGAUGUUUUAGUGAUUGUCAACUGAAAAGUAAAAAAACUCAACUGACUAAAACCCUGUGGUUUAAAUUUUUUUCUUGAAACUUCAUCACAAAUGAAUAUUUAAUAUUGACGAGUGCAAUUUCAACGGAGCAAUUUCAAUUUGUAAAUUGAAGGAUGCUGCUGUUUUAAUUAUUAUAGAAACAUGUUUUUUAGUAGAGAUUAAGACAAUUGUGGAGAAUUAACAGUCAUCUUUUAUCAGAGAAAGUACGUUACAAAUGAUUAUCAAAUAAAAGCAACUUAAAA